AUUCCCACCCACAAACUUCCGGUGCAACUCAGAAAUUCUCCACAAAGCGUUCUUCCUCCCACCCUCUUCCCCUCCAAUUAGGAGACGUGGGGAUCAACUAGGAGACAUGAGGAUCAAUUAGGAGACCUGAGGAUGUAUAUAGCGCGUCGCAAGUCUUCGCAGUUUGCCCCCAGAGAUGGGGAUGUCUACUCGCGAAAAUGUCUUUGGGGGUUUCCUUUAUGGGCUCGUGCUCCAAACCAUACUCUUCGGCAUAAUCACUGUCAGGCUUUCCUGUAUUACCAUAGGUUCCCCCAGGACCAUAUCUUUUCGAAAUUUGCAGUCGGAUUUUUAUGGCUUGUUCAGGUAUUUCAAGUGAUAGCAUCGACAAUUGGGGUUUACGAGGCACUCUUCAAGGUUCAAAUGUCAACCACGGCAUGGUAUGAUACCGUGUAUCAGAUUUCUACGGUUAUUUGUUCCACCAUCGUCCAACUUUAUUUCGUCCUUCGCCUAUAUCGAUUUAGUGGAUCCAUCUGGCUGCCAGUGCUACUUGCCAUCUUGAUCCCGGCGCAGGUUGGAACUGGAUUUGCGAUCUGGCUCAAAGCAAAUAUCACCCACGGUAUUGAGACAUUUUGGCGGACCUCAUGAUCGCGUUUGUCAUGUCAUUUUUCCUCAACAGGCGUCGCACUGGGUUCCGACAGACUGAUACGAUGUUACGAAAGUUAACUGUAUAUUC